AAAUGAGCGGGUCUAACCGGGAGGCGGCUGUAGCUGGGCAGCCCAAAGACGAGCGAAAGAAAUCGGGAGGCGGAGUGAUAAACCGACUAAAGGCUCGGCGCGUACAGGGAAAGGAAUCUGGAGCCUCAGACCAAAGCUCCGUAACACCGUUUAGAGAAGAGGAGCUCUUGGGCUUGAACGACCUGAGACCGGAGCAUGUUCUGGGCCUGAGUCGGGUUACUGAGAAUUACUUGUGCAAACCUGAAGAUAACAUCUAUGGUAUUGAUUUUACUCGCUUCAAAAUUAGAGACCUGGAGACUGGCACUGUGCUCUUUGAGAUUUCUAAACCUUGCUCAGAACAGGAAGAGGAGGAGGAGAGCACUCAGCUAGAUGCAAGUGCUGGGCGGUUUGUUCGUUAUCAGUUUACGCCUGCAUUCCUCAGGCUUCGAAAAGUUGGAGCAACUGUGGAGUUCACUGUGGGGGACAAACCUGUGAAGAGUUUUCGGAUGAUUGAGAGACAUUAUUUCCGUGACCGUAUACUUAAGAGCUUUGAUUUUGACUUUGGCUUCUGCAUCCCAAACAGCAGGAACACAUGUGAACACAUGUAUGAAUUUCCACAGCUGUCUGAGGAGUUAAUUCGACAAAUGACUGAGAAUCCUUAUGAGACCCGGUCUGACAGCUUCUACUUUGUUGAUAACAAGCUGAUCAUGCAUAACAAAGCAGACUAUGCCUAUAAUGGAGGGCAGUGAGGAUUCCAUUUCUUUAGACUGUAUAAAACAGAACAUUCCCUCUUGGAAGCAGAGAUAAUCAAAAAAAGAUGGACAAAAUGUUGGGCUCCUGCAUAAUAUCAAAUCUGCGCCACAGACAAUAAAAGUACUUUACAUAUUAAUUUUCCUUUAGUAUAGAACAGAAAGUUUUUGUAUUAACAGAAUAGUUUUUUUUUAUUUAUUCUCUUUUGUGAAACAGGUGAUUAUUGUUAAGUAAGCUGGUAGAUUAUUUUUUUUUAUUAUUAUUUCCCUUGCUUUAUUCUUGUCUACGGUAGCAUUAAGCUCCAACUGGUGCCUUUCUGGUAUCAUGAAGGAUUUGUCCUCUGUUAUGUAGCAGUUCUACCUGUAACUGUUGUGGUCUUAAGAUUCCUUGUAAAUGUGCCUACUUUCCCUUUAAUCUGCUUCCUUAAUUCUCCUUCUAUCUUCAGGGUCAAACAUCUUUUAUAACUAUUGUACAUGUUAUCUUUUGAUGGUAUUGAUGCCCUCUGGUAGACAUGUGGAGGUGAAAGCAUGGAAAAUGUUCUGCCUGAGACUCUGGCAGCUCUACAUGGAAGUGGGGAUAUACAAAUAAGGGGAUUUGGCCACCUCUCUCUCCUGAGAGCAUUACAGUUGUCAAAACUAAACGCGUGCCAUUGCCCUUAAUUUAUAUAGGAGGGUGUGUGUGAUAAACUUAACAAGUCAAUGCAGAAUAUUUCUAAUAGACCAUUCAAAUAGAUGGUUAUAAUAGACUGUAUGGAUAGUGCUUUCAGCACACCUUACUUUUAUUCUUUGGAUCUUCUGGUCUGAUAAGCAAUAAUUAAGAAAUAGCUGUGUUUAUAAUUAAGAGAAUAGGAUAAAUGAAGCAUAACUAGUGAUUAGAUUACAAGUACAGCAUGUUUCUUUCAGGCUUGUCUUCCUUUAUUUGUACAAAUGGAAUCUUUAUUGCAAUAUACAUGGAAUACUGGAUAUUUAUACAAAGAGUUUGGUAGAUAAAGGGAAAGUUGGACUGGGAAACAAGUGUAUGGCUCAAACCAGUUAAAGGGGAAACAUAAUAUUGAGAAAAAGUAUAUGCCAUUACAUGAGAAGGAACGUGCCUAUAAAAGUUGCUUAUUUUGUACUACCUUGCUAUCAAAAAGCUGCCCUUCUACUUUCUACUUUUUUUUUUUUUUUUUUUUUUUGCUGGAGUUCCAUUGGUUUCAGCUCUCUGCACCUUAGGACGCCAGCUAAUCAACAGCUUAGCCAGACCUGACAUGACACUGUAUUGUAUCUUUCCCUAUGUGAAAGCAAAGCUUUUAUUGGCUGUCUAAAUACAUGCCCACUGCUUAUUUAUAAUACAGACAGGGACCAAAAUGGAUCUAUGGGUAUUUCUAAUAAAGGUGUAGUUAACAUUUGUUUAUCCCCAAUUGAAAUUAGGUACAGGUAUUGGACCCCUUAUCCGGACUCCAUAUUAAUCAAAUAAUACACAUUUUUUUUAAAUUUCCUUUUUCUCUCUAAUAAUAAAACUUGAUCCCAACUAAGAUAUAAUUAAUCCUUAUUGAAGCCAAAACCAUCCUAUUGGGUUUAAUUUUUUUUUUUUUUUUUUUUUUUUAGCAGACUUAAUGUAGGAGAUCCAAAUUAUGGAAAACCCCAGGUCCUGAGCAUUCUGGAUAAUAGGUCCCCAAUUAUACAAUACAUUUAUAAUUUCCUUAUGCUGAGGGUCAUUUUCAAUAAGAUAUAUAUCCCCUUUAACACGCACCACAAUAAAAAGUCACAAUGAUUGCUUCAAGUUUAUUACAGCUAUUAUUUUAUGGUAUUCUAAUGUCUAUAAAAACAAACAGUUGCUUACUAUGGUAGUAAUUACAUAACUGUACUACUUUAAGAAAAAAUUGUUGCUGUCUAUGCCACUGCUGGUUCCCCCUUGCUAGAGCAAACUCACGGUAUAAUCUUAGGAAAAGUCUAUGUUGUCAUCCAGAUUUUUCUCUACACACUCCCUACAUAUGUCUCUACCAAACCAUACACAGCUGUACAUGCCCAGCUAUAAUGUUUUGUUUUUUUAAAAAAACAAACAAACAAAAAAAAAAAAAGAAUCUUGAAAUUCAAACAGUUACUCUAAGCUUUAGUUGUAUCUGACGUCUAUGUACAAUGGAUGAUUUGGGGAUGCAUGACAUUUUCAGAACAAGGCAAUUGGUCAUGAAUUUAGAAAGCAUCUCUCAUGCAGAACAAACACUUCAUAGCAAUCAAAUGUACUUAAAAGAAAAAAAAAAAAGGAACUUUACAGUAUGUGCUCCCAGAAUACGCUUGCAUCUUUUCCCCUAUGGUUUUUAUGGUAUGAUCUCUUUAAGUGUAGAGGCUGUUAAAUAUGGAUAUAAAACAAAAACACAAUACUGCAGGACGUUCCCAUGUUCUUUACUGGUCAAGGAUGUUCGUUAGCUGAUUUACAUACAUUAAUCCUUCUGUGCACAUUGGAUUCCUGGUCUUUUUAAAGCAAAUAAUACAUCAUUCCUGGCAAUCUGACCAGUGUCCUCAUUCUACAUGAAAGCCUUGCUCCUCUGUAGCUUAUCUGCUCCAAUCUCCUUCAACAACACUCAGGGAAAGCCAAAGUGCAAGGAAUUGCCUGGUGCAAGGUGAUCACCUGAUUGCACCUUCACGAGUGCAUUUUAUAAGAUCCAAGCAAGCUGCCUUCUUUUUUUAAAAUCCUGUUAUUAGUUGCUCCCCUGAUUU